AAGAAAUGGCCUUCUAGUAAACAAAUCGCGCGACAAUAAACAAACAAGGCGCUUUGAUGGUUUUGCAAGCCCGGCCCGAGUAGGGAGUGUAUUUAAACUAAGGCGAAGAGCACCUGAUUGCUUAUUGAUGAGUUUUUUCUGGCGCAUUUCGGGUUUUAUCAUCAAGUGGUUCGCGAGUUGUGAAAGUGCUCCAGAAUGGCGUCUUAUCAAGCAUCAAGUUUCAUCAUUGCGGCUGUUUUACUCCAGUUGGCGCUGAUUGGCGGCUGCACCAGCUGGGUUUACACCGCGCCGCGAGCUCUGGCCGGAUUGGCCGGAUCUGCGUCGGCUUCAUCCCCCAGCUCUCCUGCAGGUUUGGUGAUCGCCGACUUGAGGAGCAGGAAGGCGGAGGAAUUGACCAAACAGGUCGAGUCCUUGGAGGACAGCGGCGUUGAGGAAGACACUGCGAACGAAGCAUCCCCCAGCUUGCUGAAGAAGAAGAUCGGCAAGAUCCUGACAAAGCUGCGCCUGAUCGCCCAACUGAAGAACGCCUACCACUACAAGCCGGAGGAAAGCGAUCCGGAGGACACCACAAUGUCCAUGGCAGUGGACUCAAGCGAAGCCCAACCCACUGAUGCCAGCGCGCAUGUUUCGGAAAACAUCCAGCAAAUCCCGGCGGCUGCGCCGCCCAUCCGGCCGCUGGUGGUGGACUUGCAGGUGAGCCAAAUCGACGACAAACUGCUGGAUCUGAAGGAGGAACCCGCGGAAAAGCCGGCGGAAGAAGCGCGCAGCCCUUUGAGGAGUUUGGGGGUUUUCUUUGCCGAACUGCUCGGCUCCAUAGUGGGGCUCACCUAUGGGGCGGUGGCGCAGAUCAGCGCCGGCGGCCAGAGUCCGGUCGCCAUCAGCACAUCAGAGGGCCUUUGAUUUGUAAUGAAAUAAACCGUUGAACUUA